AUGGCUGGUGUGACAGACUGUCACACCAGCCUGUCGGUGGAUCUGUGCUGGGAAAGCGCAAGUGUCACGUCUAGUGUCAUGUCUACGUCUAGUGUCACGUCUACUGUCAUGUCUAGCAGCACGUCUACUGUCAUGUCUAGUGUCACGUCUAGUGUCAUGACUUGUGUCACGUCUAGUGUCACGUCUCUUUGCACGUCUAGUGUCACAUCUAGUGGCACGUCUAGUGACACGUCUAGUGGCAUGUCUAGUGGCAUGUCUAUUGUCACGUCUAUUGACACAUCUAGUGGCACUGUCACGUCUAGUGGCACAUCUAGUGACACGUCUACUGUCAUGUCUAGUGGCAUGUCUAGUGGCAUGUCUAUUGUCACGUCUAGUGGCACGUCUAGGGCCAUGUCUUGUGUCAUUGGCACGUCUAGUUUCAUGUCUAGUGUCAUGUCUUGUGUCAUGUCUAGUGUCAUGUUUACGUCUAGUGGCACGUCUAGUGGCACAUCAAGUGUCAGAUCUAGUGGCAUGUCUAGUGUCACGUCUAGUGGCAUGUCUAGUGUCACAUCUAGUGUCACUGUCAAUUACUAG